ACUUGGCAUAUUCCAUUCCAUUUUUUUAAUAAGAAAAAUAAAUAAAAAUCUAUAAAGAUCGCUCAUCCUGCUUUCUUGAUUUCUCGUCUUGUACUCAGCAUCACCCUCACCAUCUCCCUCAUUAGUAAGCCAUGUCAGCCUUCGUCGGAAAGUACGCCGAUGAGUUGAUCAAGAAUGCCAAGUACAUCGCCACACCGGGGAAGGGUAUAUUGGCUGCAGAUGAGAGCACCGGAACCAUCGGGAAACGUCUGUCGAGCAUCAACGUUGAGAAUGUCGAGUCAAACCGUCAAGCCCUCCGUGAACUUCUCUUCACUGCUCCAAACGCAGUGACUUACCUCUCCGGUGUCAUUCUCUUCGAGGAAACCCUUUACCAGAAAACCGCCGACGGGAAGCCUUUUGUUGACGUUCUCCUUGAGGCCAAUGUCCUUCCGGGGAUUAAAGUCGAUAAGGGUGUGGUUGACCUCUCCGGCACAAAUGGUGAGACCACCACUCAAGGGUUAGAUGGGCUUGGUGCUCGUUGUGCCAAGUACUACGAAGCUGGUGCCCGGUUUGCGAAAUGGCGUGCAGUGCUUAAGAUUGGAGCGACUGAACCCUCGGAGCUGUCUAUCCAACAGAACGCCCAAGGGUUGGCUCGCUAUGCAAUCAUUUGUCAAGAGAAUGGUCUUGUACCAAUUGUUGAGCCGGAGAUAUUGACCGACGGAAGCCAUGAUAUCAAGAAAUGCGCGUAUGCAACCGAGAUGGUGCUAGCUGCGGUUUACAAGGCUCUCAAUGAGCAACACGUGCUUCUUGAAGGAACCCUCUUGAAACCUAACAUGGUUACACCCGGCUCUGAUAGCCCUAAGGUGACACCGGAGGUGAUUGCUGAAUACACCGUCACAGCCCUACGUAGGACGGUGCCGGCAGCCGUGCCAGGAAUUGUGUUUCUGUCGGGUGGUCAAAGCGAGGAACAGGCGACAGUGAACUUGAACGCGAUGAACAAGUUGGAGGUGUUGAAGCCAUGGACGCUGACGUUCUCAUUUGGGCGAGCACUGCAAUCGAGCACCCUGAAGACAUGGGGCGGCAAAAAGGAGAAUGUGGCGGCCGCACAGGCGGUGUUCUUGGCACGGUGCAAGGCAAACUCCGACGCCACUCUCGGGAAGUACGAGGGAGAGGGCGCCGGUGGUUUGGCUUCAGAGAGUCUGUACGUGAAGGGAUACAAAUAUUAACCAAAGCUAUGCACGAAGUAGUGAAAAGAGUUGGGGGAUAAUCGUGUUAUUUUAAUUGUUUUGUGCAUCGAUAUUAUGUUCAUAUCCUUACAUUACAGCCCAUACUUUGUUACUACCUACUCUCUAUACAUAUGGAUUGUUCUUCUUA